CCCAGCCCAAUCCCCUGCCCCACAGCCCGGCCCCGCCGCUUCCGACGUGCAGAGAGCCGAGCGCCGCCCCGCACCCCCCGCGCUCGCCUCCCCUCCGUUCCCUGCCAGGACUCGGCGAGAGCCCGAGCGGCAGCGGCGCAGGGCUCAGCCCCGGGGCGGAGCUGGCGGCGGCCCAGAGGAGGCGGCACGGCCGCAGCAGAGCCGGGGCUCAGGGGCACAGCGAGGCUCGGCCGACGGAGCGGCGGCAUGCGGCGGUGUCGGGGCGCGGGGCUGGCGGCGCUGGCCGCGCUGCUGCUCGUGGCUUCAGGCAGAGCCCAGCUGCAGCAGGAGACGUUCCUGGAGACCACCGAGGGCACCAGCAUCAACAUCACCUGCUCGCAUUCCAACAAACGCAGCGGAGAUUACAUCCAUUUCUACCGUCAGCUGCCGGGCCGAGCACCCGAAUUCCUCGCCCUCACUGCUAGAGGCUCCAAGGACGUGCCGGCCAUUGCAGGAAAGCUGACAAUUUCGGAGGACGGGCGUUCGAGCGCGCUGUGGCUCGCUGGACCCCGGCGCGGGGACGCGGCCGUGUAUUACUGCGCGCUGGGGGCCCGGCCAGAGCAGCCGGGGCUGCGGCCGGGCACGAACCGCCGCGGGCGGGGCCAGCAGGGGGCGCUGCCGCUCCGCCCUCCCGGGGCCGCCUUUGCCCGGUUCGUCCCGGGCUGCUGGGGCGCUGCCUGCACCGGAACCGACCUGAGCACCUCCUAUGGGACCAAGACCGACACCGGCACCCACAGCGGCAUCGGUAACGGCAGGUCCAGCUUGGAGUCACCGACCUCACCCAGCCCCUCUUCUCAGCACUGGCUUAAGGAGCUUUUGCUCCAACUGCCAGGUCUUGCUAGCACCAAUCCCAUCCAAUCCCAAAGUCUUGUUAGUCUCGAAGUGGUUAAGCAAAUCUUAACUUCCUCCGCCUAGAUUACAGGGGUUCC